CUCGGCCCGAGCCCGCAGCAAACACAGCCAUAGAAGGCAGCGGAGGAGCCGAGCCGGGCUGCGCUCGCUCGCCGCCCCCUAGCCUCUUUCUUCUCCGCCGGGUGCACUGCCCUGCGCUGUCCCCUCGCCUCUUCGCCCCUUGACAAAGAGGACAGAAAGUUUGCGCGGGGGAGCGGGCCAGGUGAGGAGGGGCGUGCCCGGCGCCCCAGCCCGCGCCCCAGCAGCCGGACCCAGGCCCCCAGCGCGCCCGCCAUGGGCGCCGCGGCCCGCAGCCUCCGGCUGGCGCUCGGCCUCCUGCUGCUGGCCACGCUGCUGCGCCCGGCCGACGCCUGCAGCUGCUCCCCGGUGCACCCGCAACAGGCGUUUUGCAAUGCAGACGUAGUGAUCAGGGCCAAAGCAGUGAGCGAGAAGGAGGUGGAUUCCGGGAAUGACAUCUACGGCAACCCCAUCAAGAGGAUUCAAUAUGAGAUCAAGCAGAUAAAGAUGUUCAAAGGACCUGACAAGGACAUCGAAUUUAUCUACACGGCCCCCUCCUCAGCAGUGUGCGGGGUCUCGCUGGACGUUGGAGGAAAGAAGGAAUAUCUAAUUGCAGGGAAGGCGGAAGGAGAUGGCAAGAUGCACAUUACCCUCUGUGACUUUAUUGUGCCCUGGGACACGCUUAGCAUCACCCAGAAGAAGAGCCUAAACCACAGGUACCAGAUGGGCUGCGAGUGCAAGAUCACACGCUGCCCCAUGAUCCCAUGCUACAUCUCCUCCCCGGAUGAGUGCCUCUGGAUGGACUGGGUCACAGAGAAGAGCAUCAAUGGGCACCAGGCCAAGUUCUUUGCCUGCAUCAAGAGAAGUGACGGUUCUUGCGCGUGGUACCGCGGGGCGGCACCCCCGAAGCAGGAGUUUCUUGACAUCGAGGACCCGUAAGCAGGCUGACAGAGCCCCCGCGGCCAAUUGAAAAGCCUCUGAGGGUUCAGACUGGUCCAGCUUUGACAUCCCUUCCUGGAAACAGCAUGAAUAAAACAUCAAUCAUCCAAGUGGGUUCACGCUAGUGUGAUUCUGCCCCCCCACCCCCAUUUUCCCUAAACAUGGUAGUGGGUCUGGAGGGACAGGCGGGCCAGGGUCCCUGCCAUACCCCCUCCCUCUGCCGGCCUGAGCACUGUGUGUCUCAGUCUUUGAUCCUUGGUACAGGCAGGAGUAGAGCACAGGCUUUACCAGGCCUCUCUGGCCCUGUUGCGUGCAGCAGACAGGCAGCAUUAAGGGUCCCCUAGCACCGUUAGGGCAGAGCCUGGGAACGUGCAUUUUGCAGAAACUCUUGAAGGUUGUUAUAAGACUGUGUAGCCGGCCUACCAGGUCCUUUUCAUCCUGAGAGGGGCAUGUCCCUCAUUUUCUGCAGUGGCCAUCCCUCUGGCCCAAGGCCCUUGCAAAUGCUACCCAUCCCUCCUGCACCCGGUCUCCCUCAGGUCUAAGAAUUGCCCUCCAACCAGUGGUUCAUUUGCCUAGGAGUCCCAGUCAGCCCCACGAACCCACAGACGUCCGUGAAUGGAAGCCCUCCCUGAGCCAUAUUUCUGGCUUCAGCCCAGUCAUAUUUCUUCCUUCCUUUCUCUUCCCCUGUCUCUACACACCCCCUCAGUGGGGAUCUGUGAGGUCUCAUGCUGAGGGCAGGAACCUGUGGUGAGGGGUGCUUGGCUGUCCUCGUAAUCACUCUCAAGGUUCCCAAGCUUCUUCACCCCCUUCCAAGCUUCAGGCACCCGGGGUGAGCAGCACAGCUCAUCUCUCUGUCGCGUUAUGCCCUCCCGCUGUUGGGGUGCUGCUUCCGGCACCCCCUCUUGUUGCACAAACUGAAGAGGUAAAAGGCCAGUCCUAGGCCCCUAGAGAAAGUCUAGUGAAUGCUCCCUGCUAGCGUGGCAGUCCUUACGACGACGUGUGGGUUUCUGUAAAGCGUCACUAACUAAGCAUGUGGCAGGGGAGACUUUGAGGCGGGCAGCUCUUCCUACCAAGCCCCCACGGAUGCUGCGGCCUGUUUCCCUAAAGGUGAAUUCUCACCCAUGGCUUAGGGGCAUGUGUAUACAGCUCUGCUUCUGUGUCUUAACGUCACUUAAGGCCCUUGUAGAGAACUGGGGCAUCUACUUGCUCCCUAAAACGAUUUUUUUUCCCUGAUGCUAAUAGGAUGGGGGUUAAGCCAGGCAGAACUUUAUCACCUACAAUAGAGACAGUCACUCUUCCUUCUGCCUGUGUCUUAAAAACAAUAAGCCGUCCCAAGGACACAAGUGUGUAUUAUCCAAACAUGCACGUAAAUGCUCACACACAGACACAGACUCUCGAUGUCUGCGCGGCCUGUGAAUGGCCCUUUUGUGAGAUGCUUCCAAAAACCUCUUCGCUCCAACCCUGUCCUAACCAUCAGAAACCCCAAAGAAACUGUUAAGGACCGCCCCCCUCAGACUCUCCCUACCCACACCCACGCACCAGGACCUGGCCAGCCCUUUUAGACAGACUGGGAGGACACCCAGGAAUCAGCCUGCCCCACCUGAGGGCAUUUUCAUGUUGUUCAGUGAUGUUCUCCCUAGGAUGCUGUCCUGGACCAGCCCACAAGACCCUGCAGUCUAUUCCACCCUGCCUGUUUGCUUCCUGUGCCGUGGUAUCACAUGUAACAGUGCCCGUUUCUGCUGACCUCUUGACAUGUUCUGGUUUGUUUCUGAUGUUUGCGUGAGCAUUCUUGUGCUGUGUUUAUGCCUUUUGUAGCAUUAGACUUUGCACUUUAAAAAAAAAAAAAAAAAAAACAGAAAUAAAAAGAUCGUUUCGGCAUUGAGGGAGCAUUGGACCCAGAGUGGAAACCAUGACACGGUAGCUGGCCUGGGACCGAGGGACCCUUUCUAGUCUUUUUUUGAGUUCUUUGAAUAUCUGCCUUUCCAGCCUCCUGUCUUUUGUGUCUGGUUCGAAAUCAUUAUGAGGGAGAGUGUAUAUAUCUCUGAGUGUGUCAGUUCGAAAAGACGGCCUUUCUGUUUCCCACCCCUGCUGGGUUCUCUAGCCUUACCAGGCAGAAGAGCGAGCAAACAAACGAUUGGGACAAAGCGCCAGGUGGCAGCUAAGCAACAGCCACUCAAAAGCCUUCGCGAGCAAACCAGUCGCCAUAUACAGUUUAAGGCGUUGCUUCACUCCUGUUGCAUUCUAAGCCCUGGGUUUCCCGCCCUUACUCCCCUCCCGCCAGCGACUCGAGAUAUUUCAGAUGACGUUUACACGGUCGUUGUUUCCAAACCGCUGCUUGACGCGUAUUAAGACACAUCUGUGGGCUUGCUGCUUAAUUUAAAGCUUUGUUGAUCUUGUUUCUGUUUGAACUUUCGGUUACGGGGGUUGGGGGGGAGGGGAGGGGGUGGAACACCAUGUCUGUGCUGGAAUAUGAAGUCCGAGACGUAACCCCACCCCCCUCACCCCACGCCCCACGCCGGCGAUACGUACAUGAGAGUUGUUGAAAGUCAACAAGCCGAGUGCGCCUGAUGCUCUGUGUCAGCCUUUACUUUUAUUUUUAUGAGUUUGCUCUGUCAAUGGACAAUAAAUCAUAUUAUCAAAGACAA